AUCCUUAUGUAAUUCUUAUUUUGCAAUCACUUUUUUUAAAUGAGUGGUUUUUAGGUUUCUUGUUUAACUUUAUUUUAAAGCAUUUUAUUUUGUGAAACACAUUGUAUAAAUGGUUGUAAGUACUAUAAGUAAAUAUAAUCAUUUUUGCAACAAUCUUUCCUCACAAACAAUUUCAACAGGCAUAAUUCUAAGCUUGCUAACUGCUAAUGCACUGUACGAAAUUAGCCGAGCUAGCUACCUUAUAUAUCUUACGCCUCGGAAUUGACCAGGAAGAAUUACAGGACUUGGCCGAGGACAGGGAGAAGUGACAGAAAAGGAAUGAAUAGCUAUCUUACCACCUAUGUUAGUCACUGUUGAUGAACAAUGACUCAACAGAAUGUUCUUAUCAGUUAUUUGCAUUUUAAAUUCUUUGUCUCAAUUUUACUGGCAUUAUUUGACAAAUCAAUUUUCUGGCAAUUCUGAAAGAAGUAUUUUGCAUCUGUUGCUGAAUGAAACAGACACUGAAAUAGUUUAAAAUUUACGGUGAUAUUAGAUGCAAAAAUGUAAGUGUGAUCUUGAUUACUCCUUCAUAAAACAGAUACUUCUCAGAAUGCUUGGCUCCUUCCAUGUCUGUUUGUAUGUCAGCUGUAUUACUCAAAAUGCAGUGAAAUGCUUUUCCAAAAAACCUGUUGAAAAUCUUGGACAUAACGCAAAAAAUAAAUAACUAAAUUUUGAGGUGACAUAAAAAAAUUAAAAAGAUAUUUGGUUGGUUGGUUGUGAAUUAGUUAAACUAUGUUUGUCAUGAGUCUUCAGUCUUGGCUAAUAUACACAAAAGUUUAUAUUAGUCACAGAUGCCAGAAUCAUAUUAAAAAUAUCUUUGUGGCCACCAAACCUUGGCUUUUGAAAUGAAAGAAACUGAAAAAAGUGCGUUUUUAAAGCUGCAAGUAACUUCAGAACCACAGCUGCUCCUAAUUUCCAUCAUGUGUGUGAUGAUAAGAUUAUUUCCUACAGCAAACUCGGAUAUCUCCAGCAGGUGGUCGACAAACUGCAUGUAAGUUCAACUACACCUACUCCUAAUUUCCAUCAUCCAACCAUCCCAAAUGUACCAGCUGCCCAGCAUGGGGCAGAUGGUCUAUGGAAUUGACUCAUUCAUUUACAUUUUACAGGGUACGUGAACAGGCAUAUUUAUUACACCUAUGUAUUUGUGUGAUUUCUGAUAUGAGUAGAAUCACAAUAAUGUAUUUGGUAAAGAAAAUACAUACAUCUUCUUGCAUUGUUUUUCUUCCUGUGAAACCACACGUUAAGGGGAUUUGCCUUUCUAUAUUUAGAAACAAUUUUUUUUGUCUUUGAUGAUUAACGAGAGUCUUGUAACAGAAUGAGACUUUGCACCAAAAUGUUUUGUUUUACAACCCUAAAGCGACAAACUGAAAACUGAGUGAGCAUCCUCUGGUGCUGUGGUUAAUCUCUCAUUUCCUGAAUACUGCGUGAAACUGAGAGAGAAUAGAAGGUUAGCAAGACAAACCGAGUAGAGAAAGGGAGAACGAGAGAGCGCAGCAGCAGGUGUGAAGAGAUGUGAAGACACUGAGGGGACAAAAGACUGUUUCAAGUAAAAGAAAAAGUUCAUUAAAGCAAAAAGAAGAUAGCCAGCCAGGAACAGUAAGAGAAAAACAAAAAGAAACCAAGGAAAAUUAACACGUUCGCUGAUGAUCAUCUACUGUUUGUGUCAAAGGUGGAGAAACAAGAUUCAUGAUGAAGCUGUGGUGCUGUGUCUGCCUCUUCGUGUCCUUUGCCCGGGGGCAAAACGAAAAGCUGUCUGUUAGCCCGAAAAAUGAACAAAGUAACACAGUGACGGCCGACGUUAUCACAACAACGCCAGAUAAUAAAAGUAACAGAACCCUCGCAUCGACAUCGUCCCCUUCUCCACACAUCCCAUCAGAUCCUUCAGUGGUCUCUACGGCCUGGACAAAAGAUGAACGAAGGUUUCAGAGUACAACAGGCACAGCGUCACUAACGGAAACCGCAGUCAGUCCGUCAAGCGAAGAAGGAAGUCAACGCAAUGAAAUGGACAUGGAGAUUUCUAUGGGAACAACAGAAGCACCUGUGGUGGUGAAGACCGAGUUUGCCUCCUGGGUUGUCAUCCUCUUGGUGUUCAUCAUAGUGUUGAUCGUGGUUCUGUGCAUCAUCUUGUAUUUCCUCUGGCGAUCCUCUAAGACGUACUCCUUUGACCUCCGUCCACAUCCUGUCAGCCAUUCCACCGAACCCAUCGGCACCUUUGAACCGGUCCACUUGGACGACCUUGAUCACCCGGGCGCUAAAGACGAUGUGACCAGCAGUGAUCUUUCACCUCCUUCAGUAGCCAAUGGGACAUCUCUACCAUCAGGCGAUAAUGACCUGCUUGGAGAAAAUGCUCCACAGGACCACGCAGACACAAACUGUUUGGAGGCUUCACCUACCAGUGCCACCAACCCCUCACCCAGCAUGGACCUGUCUGACAGAAUAUCUGAACAAUCAAGCAGCAUGAACUUAAUGUUUGAUCUCAUGGGGGAGGAGCAACAGAAUGAAAACAAUAACAACCCAUCUAUUUGCAGCAGUGAUCCAUUUGUCGAGAUAAAUCUGGACGAGCCGGUGUGGUCCGACCACCUCCUCACCUACCCUCAACAGACAUCCUCUGUUCUCCCCUUCUCUCCUUACUCCUCCUCUUCGUCUUAAGCAUUCUGAUCAUUUUGUAGACGUGUUUGUGUCUUUGUAACUCAACAAAACAACAGUCAAUUGUGGAUAAGAUUUAAGAUCUGCAUAUAAAGAGUCAGUAAACUGAGUGAACUG